UGGUUGAACCUGCAGUCACUGAACGUAGCUGGAAGUCAGAGCUGGAUGGAUAUGCCCAGGCUGUCUACCAUAGAGCUGGUCCCUCAUUCACCCUUGAUGCUGCUGCUGCUGCUGCUGCUGCUGCUGCUGCUCUGGGUCUCCUUCACGUUGAGUGGGAGGAAGAAGGGCUUGAAAGGCCCCCUGCCCCCUGGGCCCACCCCACUCCCCAUCCUGGGGAACUUUCUCCAGCUGGACCGGAAGAAUCUGGUGCAGUCCCUGAUGGAGAUGGGCAAGGAGUACGGGCCGGUGUUCACCGUCUUCCUGGGACUGCAGCGGGUUGUGGUCUUGUGUGGCUACCAAGCCGUGAAGGAGGCCUUGGUGGACCAGGCAGAGGAGUUCAGUGGGCGAGGGCAGCUGCCCGCCUUCUCCAAGGACUUCAACCACCAUGGGAUUGUGUUUGCCAACGGGCAGCGCUGGCAGCAGCUCCGCCGCUUCUCCCUCACCACCUUGAGGAACUUUGGGAUGGGCAAGCGGUCCAUUGAAGAGCGGAUCCAGGAGGAGGCCCAGUGCCUGGUGGAGGAGCUCCGGAAGGCCGAAGGGACGCCCUUUGACCCCACCUUCCUUCUCAGUCGCGCUGUCUCCAAUGUCAUCUGCUCCAUUGUGUUUGGGAAUCGGUUCGAGUACAGCGAUGAAAAAUUCCUCCGGCUGAACAAGCUGAUAACGGAGCGUUUCUGCAUUGCCAGCUCAACCGAAGCCGCGCUCUACAACAUCUUUCCGGAGAUCAUGGAGAAGAUCCCUGGAGCGCAUCACGCAGGCCACAGGUGCUCUCAGCAGAUCAUCGGCUUCAUAAAGGAGAGGAUCCAGGUGCAGCAGGCCUCGCUCGAUCCCUGCGCCCCCCAAAAUUACAUCGAUUGCUUCUUGGCAAAGAUGGAGAAGGAGAAGCACAACCCGGAUUCUGAAUUCUGCAUGGAGAAUUUGGUGAUGGCCACGUUCAACCUCUUCUUUGCUGGCACAGAAACCAUCAGCACUACCCUGAGAUUCGGCUUCCUCAUCCUGAUGAAGCACCCACAGGUCCAAGAAAAGCUCCACAAGGAGAUCGACCGAGUGAUCGGGGCUGGCCGCUGGCCCUCGGCUGACGACAGGCGGCAGAUGCCCUACAUGGAGGCGGUGCUGCACGAGAUCCAGAGGUUCAGCGACAUCCUGCCCAUGAGCCUCCCGCAUGCCCUCACUCGAGACACCCACUUCAGGGGAUACGCCAUCCCGAAGGGGACCUACGUCUACCCUCUACUCAGCACGGUGCACUACGAUGCUGAGCAUCACGCCAGCCCUGAGCAGUUCGAGCCCCGGAGAUUCCUGGACAGUCACGGCCGUUUCAAGACGGCAGACGCCUUCAUGCCUUUCUCCGCAGGGAAGCGGCUGUGCCUCGGCGAGGGCCUGGCCCGCAUGGAGCUUUUCCUCUUCCUCACCACCAUCCUGCAGGCCUUCACUCUCACGUCACCGGUGCCCCUGGGUGAGGUCAGCAUUGUGCCCGAUGCCAGUGGUGUCAGCCGUGUGCCCAUGAGAUACCAGCUCUUGGUGGUACCACGCCAAGCUUGACCCGCACUGUUUCCCUUCUG